AUGGAUCCCACUGCCCAGCCAUUAGUUUCUCUCCUUCCUCUCCUCCUUCGAAGCAUCCGCAGAAGAGAAGCGAUGCCCAUCCUCGAGAUUUGUCAGUGGAAAGUCUCCAAGGCCUUCCUGGAGGAUCCAUCAUCUCUAGGCCCUGCUUUCGACCAAGUGUCCGCAGCCACUGGAUGUCAUGGUGUGUACUCUGGUUUAGCAGAAGAGGACAAGGAAAGCGUUUGGCUUUUUAUUCCAUGGGAUACAUACGAGCACCACCAAACUCUCAUCAAGGACCCAAGCUACCCGUCUCUCAUUGAAAAAUUAAAACCCUCGUUUGCCACAAACCCAAAGGACCUCGCUAUGUCGCAUGUCGAUUUCAACGAAGAUACAACUCCGGGACUAACUGCACCAUGCACCGAAGUUGUCAAAGCCGUUCUCAAGGACGGGAAAACGAAGACAGACCUGGAUGCUGUCAUGGCCGAUGUGGGAUCGAGGAUCGAGGCAGAGAAGGGGUCCUAUCCACCUGUCGUCUGGGGUCCGACCAUCGAGGAUCCAAACGUCUUCUUCCUGGUUGUUGGAUGGGAUAGUUCCAAGACACACUUCGACGUCGUGGGUCAGGAAUCCUUCAAGAUUCCGCUCCAAAACCUGAGAGAGACAGCUGAUCUCCAUAUGGUUCACGUAUCAUUCAAAAAGCACCCGUCUUCAUGA